CUUUAACUGGGUUUUGCAUCCGGAGCAGCUCAUACCCAAAUAUACACAGGUGUCCUACCGAUAACAGACCUUCUAUAACGGGUUUGUUUACACGGAUUUACAGGUGCACUACUGCUGCUGCCGGCCUUCAGUUCACCAUGGCCCAGAACCAGGUGAUCCUGCAGUUCCGAUUCGCCACAUUUGGGGACUCCAUGCUGCAGAAGAUGAACCUCCUACGACACCAGAGACGGUUCUGUGACGUGACUGUGCGUAUCAACCAGCUGGAGGUCCCUGGUCAUAAGGUGGUGUUUGCCGCUGGCUCUUCCUUCUUGAGAGACCAGUUCAUCCUUCAGCAGGACUCCAAGGAGGUCCAGAUCUCCAUGAUCCAGGAGGCGGAGGUGGGCCGGCAGCUGCUGCUGUCUUGCUACACAGGCCAGCUGGAAUUUCCAGAGCUAGAGCUUGUGCAUUACCUGACAGUGGCCAGCUUCCUUCAAAUGGGCCACAUUGUGGAGCAGUGCACUCAGGCCCUCAGCAAGUUCAUCAAACCGCAGGUGGAUGUGGAUAUGAAGAGAGAGAAGAAGGAGGAGGGUUUACCCUUCCAGAUCCAGAGAGAGCAGGAGCGCUCUCAGGUACGGACAUUCCAUCAGAAGGAGGAGAAGCAGGAGAAGGCUGAGGACGGCAAUAGUGGUGACGGUGAUGGUGAUGACGACGACGAUGAUGAUGAUGACGAUGAUGACGACGACGACGAGGAUGAUAUCAUUAUACAGUCUAAGUCCCCUCCCCAGAGUUUGAGCAGACGCCCAAGGCAGGGUGUGGCAGAAAAUGACAUCACCAUAGUAAAAGUGGAGUCUGUGUCUGACGUAGUAGAAAACUCCAUCACCUGUCAUCUCCCCACCAACCCUCCUGCCGCCCUCCACUCCCCCGAGCCCCAGCAUUCGCUCAUCAACUCCACUGUGGACAGUCGCAGCAGUGAGAUAGCGAUUCCUUCUAGCAUGGUGGGAUACCCAGUCACCCGCCCUCCUCUGUCCCCACCUGCCGAGAAAUACAGCCCGUUCCAGAGGAACUACGACAAGCCUCUGCAGUGGUACCACCAGUGCCCAAAGUGUGCUCGGGUUUUCCGCCAGCUGGAGAACUACGCCAACCACCUUAAGAUGCACAAGCUCUUCAUGUGUCUCUUGUGUGGAAAGACUUUCACGCAGAAAGGCAAUCUGCAUCGACACAUGCGCGUCCACGCUGGCAUCAAACCCUUCCAGUGUAAGAUCUGCGGCAAGACCUUCACCCAGAAGUGUUCUUUGCUGGAUCACCUCAACCUUCACAGUGGGGACAAGCCUCACCGCUGCAACUACUGUGAUAUGGUGUUUGCUCACAAGCCAGUUCUUCGCAAGCACCUCAAACAGAUCCACGGGAAGAACAGCUUUGACAACGCGAACGAAGGCAGCCUGCACGACGGGGGGCUUGACUUUGAUUUUGGCCCAAUAUGAAAUCUGUGAACUUUGUAGAAUUCAUCGUCAUUUUAAGCUUUUGAGCUUAAAGCCAACGAUUGCAUUAUAGAAGAGUGUCAGCCUCAUUUCGGUGGCUUAAACUGGAGGACAUGAACACGAACAAUGGAGUUUCCCUCGUCCACAUUUCACUGUAGCUUCAUUACUGUUAACCUUUUAUACAAUGCAUCAUAGAUGCCUUCAUUAUCAUACUUGAAAAUUCAGCACUGAAACACGAAACAUAAUGACUGUACAUCAUUAGUUUUAUUGGUAAAUUAACAUGUCUUUGUGUCUGAUAUGAAAAAAAAACAUUGCAGAAUGAAAAAUAUCCACUUGUAUAUUGUGUAUACAGUCUGCUGUAGGCUUUCUGUCUUACCUGUGUGAAUAUGACAAUAUGAACUUCAUAAGGAAAAGAAACUUGAGAGAGGGUGUUUUUAAAAUAUUUCAUUGAAGGUGAGUUACACCAGUGACAAAUGGGAUGCCAAAGUGUCUGUGUGAACUGAAAUGGUUCUUUUAUAAAGCUUUUAUAUCUGAGUUAUUAUUGGACCAAAGUGACAUUGUAUCUGUCCCGUGUUCUUAAAAGUCAAUGUGUGUCAAGAAAUUAAAAACUGAUGAA